GUAGAUCUAUUGAUUACACUGGGCCCUUCAGAUUGUACGAAGAUUCAGCUCCUUCACUAGUGCACUGGCUUCAGGAGCGUAAAAUAAUGUCGUCCGUAGUGCAGUGUGGUGGUUGUGGGUCGUCCACGACCACUCUAAAGUUUGUUUCGUGUUUGCACGCACUGUGUGUGCCGUGCCUGCAGAACAGCUUGGGAUUUGAUGGCUCCAUAAAGUGUCCGCGGUGUUUGUCCGCUACGCAAUUGCCUGUUGGUACAGAGCCGUUACGAUCGCUACCGAAUGUCGUUCAAGCAAGCGAUACGAUGACCAUGAUGACUGGAGCGGCUGCAGGCCGAGAUCAGGUCAUUCAAACCUGUGACGAAUGCUGGGAUGGAAAGCCAGCUGCAGUGGGUUGUGAGAACUGCAGCCUCAAAUUCUGUGAGCAGCACGCUGCUGUACAUCCUUUGUCGAAACUCGGCAAAGGACACACAGUGAAGUCGCUGUCUGCAUCCUCCACAGAGUCAACAAGCAGUGGCAACAGCAGUGGCACAGUGGUCCAGCAUAGAUGUGCUCUACACACGAAUGAAGUGUUGAAACAGUUUUGCUUGGAGUGCAAUCAGCUAUUGUGUGCACAUUGCAUGCACACUGGAGCACAUAGACAUGAUGAAGACACCAGUGUGAUGGAUAUUGCCAGUGCUGCACAAAACACUCGUGACACACUUUCCACUAAGCUGAGCAGUUGUACAUCAGAAUGUGAUGGUGUUGUCAGCAGUGUCAUAGAGACCGUGGAGAAGAACAUUCGAAUGGUACACAGUCAAACCGAGUUUACUUCAGAGAAGGUAUCUAACUUCUUCAAGCCACUGAUGGAGACUGUGAAGAAGCGAGAGGCCUCUCUUCUAUCCGAGCUCGAUCAGCUGAGGUUGCAGAAACUGGAACCUCUGGAGAAGCAACUACACCAACUUCAUGAGUGUGUGUCGAAAGGAGAGAGUGCUGCCAGCAUUCUUCAGUCAUUUGAGGACGAUGUUGAGCUUCUCCGUGUGUGGUCCUGGGUGGAUGCGUCUAUCGUGAAAUCCAUGAAAACUGCGGAGGACGAGAAAGAGCCAUGUGUCACCAGUGGCAUUGUGUUUGGCACGACGGACACCACAUCCCUACUCAAUGACAUCAGCAAAACAGGAGCAGUGCUGGAUGUUGCUGAUGGCACACUGAAGAGUCCCGACGAUGCCCAUCUUAACUACCAUUUGAACAUCUCUAUAGAGCUACCAGACAGUGCUGUCCCAAGUAUCGUGGAGCAAGAGCAAGUGGAAAACAUUGGACUGGAGAUAUCAAUAUCCGGUCUCGAUGAGGACACAACCACCAUGUGUACACAGCUUACACCUGCUACCGGAAAAAUACAGGCCCGACAUACUCCAUUGCAAACUGGCCACUACAACAUCUCAGCCAAGAUUGGUUGUGUCCAUCUGAAGGGUAGUCCACAGAAGCUGGUGGUGUCGGCGACUCCGAGGUUUGAUGGAAAUCGCUGUGGCAGUCAGUUGAAUAUCACCAAUGUUGGUCGCACACUGAAAAGGACCAGUGGUGGUUAUAGAUCAGCAUGUACCACACCUAUGGUCACUGAUACUGGCAGCAGUACACUGAAGGUGAGGAUUGACAAGACCGCCGGUGGUUACAUCUUCCUCUCUGCCUGUUCGUCCAGUAAUCCAAAGCUUGAACAAUACCAACAGGACACGGCACAGUGUUUUGGUUGGUUCGGCCAUAGUGCUGGUAACUACCACACCGGCACAGCCCUUGGUCAACCGUGGCAAACUGGUGACAUCAUUCUUCUAACAGUUGAUCACGAUCGUCACACUCUCACUGGUAGACACGAGAGAACGGGCGUCACAGAAACCAUCCCGAACGUCACAGGUGACCUGUACUGGAUUGUCGCACUCAACAAUGCGGGAGAUGAAAUUACUCUUGUGUAGGGCAUUACGUGGUAAACAGUUUACGCUGCCUUGGCUAUAACUGUUCAGUGCUGUGCUGCUACUGACGUGCAUGCAUGCCACGGUGCAGUAUCGCCGGUGAACACGUACAGAUCUACCAUACCACUGUAACCAUGGUAUCGGUCGGAGUUCUUUUGGCGACGCCUGUACCUGUACAGGGUAGUACCCCCCCCUCCCCCCCCCUCU